CGGUACAGUAUGUCUACGUCCGGGAGCGGCGAGAUCUGCAUGUGGAAGAGCAGAAGGUCUACGUGGUCCUGGCCCAGAGCACCUCCCAUUCGCAGUUUCCCGAGCGGUCCGGUGUGGUCCGGGUGAAGCAGUACAAGCAGAGACUGGCGAUCACAAGUGAUGGCAGGAAGGGGAGCAAAGUUUUCAUGUAUUACUUCGAUAACCCGGGUGGCCUGAUUCCAACCUGGCUCAUUAACUGGGCUGCCAAGAAUGGAGUGCCUGAGUUCUUGAAUGACCUGGCAAAAGCCUGUCAGACCUACCCUGGGAGAUCCUAAGGAAGAGUAUUGGGAACCUCGUGCCGUGGAAUGACAUCUCCGAAGUGCCACAGCCCACGGAUGCUCAGCCUUCCUUUCGCCUCUCUGCCUGCACACUCUCCUGCACGUCGUCUCUGAACGUGUUUGCCCGACGCCCAGCUCCCCCGCCUGCUUCCUUUCCUACUCUCCCCACCCCGGGCCCGCGACCUUCUUCCACUAUGGAAUAUGGGUCAGAUUAGGGAAACCUUUGUGUGUUUACUUUUAAAAAGGAAGGUCCUCAAUAAGGAACACAGUCAUUCCAUUGUGUCAUUUUAGGGGGAUGGGUGGGUGGAGGAAGGACAACAAAACACAAGAAUGACUGAGCCUG